UGCUUUACUGCGCAUGUGCGAACAUUAUGUCGAACAUCGCUAGGUUGCCUCGUUUUCCUUGAUGUUUUAUAUGCAUCUCCUGGUAAUAUAACCUAAGAUCGAAACGGCGAAUAUCCAUGUGCUUGUAAAAAAUACUAAAAGAUGUAAACAAUCUAUAAAUGAUUACAAUAAUAUUACGGAUUUUUAAUUGGCAUUAACGAGCAGAGAAAAUAAAGAAGUGGAGGAAACUAGGAAGACAUAUUGUUUACAAUGGAUGAGGAUACAGUGAAGCAUAAAAGUCAUAGGGACCGCAAUGCCGGUCGCAAGGCUGAGAAGAAGAAGACAAAAAAGAAACAUGUGCAGGAACUGACGGACAAACAGAGGAAUCCAAAAGCGUUUACUUUUCAUUCUACAGUUAAAGCAGAGAGGAGAUUUAGACGAAAACAGGAUAUUGAAACUAAGAAGCAGCAUAUACCUGUAAUUGAUAGAAAGCCUGUGGAACCACCACCAGUCUUCGUGGCCGUGGUAGGCCCACCAAAAGUGGGAAAGUCGCUGCUUAUUCAAUGCUUAAUAAAAAGCUAUAUCAGACAACCAUUAACUAAUAUACGUGGCCCGGUUACCGUUGUGACCAGCAAAAAGCAAAGGGUCACCUUCAUGGAAUGCAAUAAUGAUCUGAAUUGCAUGAUUGAUCUUGCCAAAGUGGCAGACUUGGUAUUAUUACUGGUAGAUGCUUCCUUUGGAUUUGAAUUAGAGACAUUCGAAUUUCUGAACAUGUGUCAAGUGCAUGGCAUGCCCAAAAUUCUGGGAGUCCUUACUCAUCUAGAUCAGAUAAAGAAUGUCACUCAGAUGAGGAAGACCAAGAAGCUGCUGCAGCAUCGCUUCUGGACAGAGCUAUAUGCUGGUGCAAAGUUGUUCUAUCUGUCUGGAUUGUUGCAUGGAGAGUAUCUAUAUGCAGAAGUAAAGAAUCUGGCACGAUACAUAUCAAUCAUGAAAUACAGGCCUUUAACUUGGCGUACUACUCAUCCUUACAUAGUCGUCGAUAGAGUAGAAGACAUAACACCACCGGAGAUGAUCAGAAAGAAUCCAGUAGUCGACAGAACUGUCAGUUUAUACGGAUAUGUCCGAGGAAUUCCUUUGCAUAACGAGACCUUUAUUCAUAUACCCGGUUAUUCGGAAGAUAUGAAGAUUAAGAAAAUAAACAUUUUAUCAGAUCCUUGUCCACUUCCAGAGGAGAUUAAGAAGCGAAGUUUAGUAGAAAAGGAGCAGUUGAUUUAUGCACCGUUUUCUGGCAUCGGUGGCUUAAUUUAUGACAAAGAUGCUGUUUACGUAGAAUUGGGUGGCAGUCAUUCCUACAAAAAAGAAGAUACAGAACUGAUCGAUGAUUUCAUAGAUAUACAGGAGACGCUAGACCAGAAAUUACAACAGAGAGAGCUGAAACUAUUUAGCGAUUCCGCGCCGAUCAAGUCACAGGACGUCGACGAGAAUAUGGCUCCUUAUACGAGUAAGUUAAUCACAGAGGAUAAAAGAAUUCGGAGAAAAGUAAUAUUUAAUGACGAAACAAAUAUGGAAAAUGCCUUUAAUGCCUUGAAUGAAGAUGAUGAGAAUGACGACGACGAAACAGAUGAAAAUAAUGACGAUGAUGAGGAUGAAUCAAAUGAUGAUGAAACUUUGGAAAAAGCUAGAAAAAACUUUAAAAGAAAAAAUACUGAGGAGCACGAUAUCGAAAAGAAGCAGAAAAGAGAUGUAAUUGUAGAAGAUAAUGCAAUUAUAGAAAAUGAUAACACAAGUCUCAAUGAGAGUGAGUUAAUAUACAAUAAAAAGAAGAAUCUUCAGGAAAACGUAGAAGUAUAUCAUUCUUUGAGUAAAAAGUCAGAUGAGUUGAUAAGAGAUAAGAUCUCAAAAGCAUUGAGUGUUUUGGAAACAACAAAGAAGAACAUAAAGCAGGAUGAUGAAAGCUUCGAUGAGUUCAGAGAUGAAGACUCAGAUGCGAGAUUAGAAAUGACCGAUGCAAAACGAACCAAUGAUUUCGAAGGCAAUAUUUUUGAAGAUAAACAAGAAGAAAAGGAUAGCGAUGUCAGGAUAGACGAGAACGAAGAUGAAACACCAGAUGAAUUUAAGUGGAAAACAAAUUUAGCUGAAAAGGCGAGGGAAGCCUUCAUAAAUCGCCAGCAAGGAAAUAUGAACUUGAUGAAGUUGGUUUAUGGAGUAUUUGAUCAGAAAGAGGAAAAGGAGGAAAAGAAGGAUAAAAAGGACGAGAAGUCUGGUGACGAUAUCGGCGGAAUAUUCCGCAUGGUUCAAGAACAACAACAGCAGAAGAUACACGAGCGGGAGCUGCAGGAUCAGGAGGAGUCCGUUUUCUAUCCAAUGGAGAACAUGCGUGAUUGGCUGAAAGAAGAGAACAAGACGUUGUUGAUGAAAUAUUUCGUAACGGGCCCAUGGAAAGAAUCGGAGGACGCGGAAGAGCUUUUGAAGCUGGAUAACGAGAAUGUAUAUGGCGACUUCGAAGAUUUGGAGACUGGGGAAAAACAUAAAACGGAGGAUGCAGCUCCCAAAAAUUUGUCGGCGGAUGAGGAAGAGGAGAGAAAGAAGCUACUGGAAAAGAAGAAGAAAUUGAAGGAGCAAUUUGAUGCGGAUUAUGAUAAUCCGAAUAAAAAGACAUACUAUGAUGAACUGAAGGCCGAGGUGGAGGAACAGGCGGAUAUCAACAAGUCGGCGUUCGAAGGAUUGGAUGACUAUUUCAGAUUUCAGUUGGAAGGCUACCGUCCCGGUAUGUAUGUGCGCGUAGAAAUCGAAAAGGUGACAUGUGAGCUGAUAGAGUAUUUCGAUCCAACAUAUCCGAUCGUCAUCGGUGGUCUGUUGCCUGGCGAAGAGGAGAAGAAACCUCUUGGAUUAGCAAAGCUCUGGGAUGGUAUCGAAUUGCAAGCGCGUAUUAAGAAGCAUCGAUGGUUUCCAAAGAUCUUGAGGUGGGGCGAUCCGCUUAUUUUCUCCGUAGGUUGGCGCAGAUUUGAAUCGCGUACACUUUUCUCCAAGCAGGAAGACAAUCUGUCUCAUCGGUUUCUGAAAUACACUCCGGAGCACAUGCCAUGUACAGUUCACUUCAGGGGCCCGAUGAUUCCGGAGGGUACAGGAAUUCUGGCGGUGCAGAAGGUUUCGAACAAGGAGACAAGUUUUCGUAUUGCGGCAACUGGUUCGAUAAUAGAGACAGACGAAAAGAAGGUGAAGAAGGCGCUUAAACUUAUAGGCAAACCGACGAAAAUCUACCGCAAGACUGCGCUUAUCAAAGAGAUGUUCAAUUCUGCCAUUGAGGUCGCAAAGUUCCAGAAUGCUCAGAUCCAAACAGUGUCGGGUAUUCGCGGUCAGAUCAAGCAGGCUAUUGGUACGGACGGUCUCUUUCGCGCUACCUUCGAAGACAAGAUAAAGGAGAGUGAUAUAGUGUUCUGCAAGAUAUGGAUUUCGGUCAACCAUUUGCUGGAGCCUUGGUAUGCACCGGUGUUGUCACUGGUGCUACCGCCCGGGGAAAAAGACCAGUGGGUUGGUAUGAGAAGUCUGAGCGAACUGAAACGAGAAAAAAAUAUAAUCAACAAGCCCAAACAAAACUCAAUAUACAAGCCGAUCGAGCGAGACGUCAAGGUGUUUAAACCGCUGUCCAUACCGCGCAAAUUGCAGAAGGAGCUUCCGUACAGAGACAAGCCCAAAAAUAAAUGCGUGCCGCACUGGCGCAAACCCAAGUUGAAGGAAAGUCGAGUUGCUGUGGUGCGCGAGCCCCGAGAGGAAAAUAUCGCGCGUAUGAUGAAGAUGAUCAGAAAGAGUUAUAAUGAGAAAAAGAAGCAAGAAAAGAUAGCUAUGACAAAGAGAAUAACCGAGCGCCAGGCGCAGAUUGCAGAGGAGGAAGAAGAGGAUGAAAAACAAAAGCAAGCGAAGAAAGAAAUCUUUAGGGAUCUCAGCAAGCUAGAAAAGAAAAAGAAAAGAUAAUAAUGCUUUCUCAUUGAUAGAAUAUGAAUAAAUCGAUAUUUAUUUCGAAA